AUGACCGCUACAUCCAUGGAGACACCGACUCCUAGGAGUCGUAAGAACACGCUCUCCUCCAAAAUUGGCAAAAUUUUCGGUGCCGGCAAGGGUGCGGGUCAACGCACUCCCAGCGCGGAUACCGCUCGGCAGAGCCAAGUGCCAUCUCCCACAAAUUCAGUGGUUUCACUUGACAGCUCGCACCAAGAGUCGCGCCACGCUUUGCAUCCGGACCCGCGUCAAGCCCCGCUCGCGGCUUCGCACCAAUCAUCAGACAUUUCGAGGCCCAGUUCGCCGCCGGUGUCGCUCAACGGUCGCGGGCAGAUUGCACCAACACAUGACGAAAACUCACUUGCAACACUUCGCUCCCGCUCCGAAAAUAACGACAAGGCGACUGCAAGCUCAGUCAACAUCGCGGCUAUGGCAUCGGUAAGCUCCGGGAGGUUUGUGAUGCUUGAGGGAGGCGGUCACGAGCACCACUUGAAGAGCGCAAAACGUCAAGAAAAGCUGAGCAGCAUGAUUAAGAACAUGCUUGGGGCCCAGAAACUCCGUGGUGAAGCCAAGUCGGCAGUCCCUGAUAUUCUCAUGAGCCAGAAAAAUCAACGGAGUAGCGCGGACCCUCCUUCCUUGUUCUCGGGCUAUAUGAAGCAGGUCGCUACUAUGGACCAAAGUGUGCCCUACAGUGGCGCUUCACAGACACAAAAGAAAUUUUACCUCAACGAGGCUACCCCUGGUGGCAGUGAUGGUGCAGUUGCUCCUUUAAAAAAGGAUCCUGCUAGCUUUGCAGAAAAAUACGGCCGUUGUCAGGAAGUUGUUGGCAAGGGUGCUUUCGGAGUUGUACGAAUUUGUCACAAGAAGGUGCAGGAAGGGCCAAACGCUGAGAAACUCUUUGCUGUCAAGGAGUUCAGGAGAAAACCUUCUGAGUCCCCCGAAAAGUAUUCGAGACGUUUGACCUCUGAAUUCUGCAUUUCAUCAUCACUGAAACACACCAACAUCAUAAGAACGCUGGAUCUGUUCCAGGAUGCCAAAGGCGACUACUGCCAAGUAAUGGAAUACUGUUACGGCGGUGACUUAUUUACACUCAUCAUUGCCGCGGGAAAGCUGGAGUACAUGGAGGCGGAUUGCUUCUUCAAGCAGCUUAUUAGGGGUGUGGUUUACAUGCAUGACAUGGGCGUUUGCCAUCGGGAUCUGAAACCAGAGAAUCUUUUGCUAACUUCCGAUGGCACCCUAAAAAUUACCGACUUUGGGAACAGCGAAUGUUUCCGUAUGGCAUGGGAAAAAGAUAUCCACUUGAGUGGCGGCGUCUGCGGCUCAAGUCCUUACAUUGCACCUGAAGAAUACGUACACGAAGAGUUCGACCCUCGGCCGGUCGAUAUAUGGGCGUGUGGUGUUAUUUAUAUGGCAAUGAGAACCGGCCGGCAACUUUGGAGCACUUCCCAAAGAGAUGAUGAAUUUUAUGCCAAAUAUUUAAAGGGAAGGAAGGACGAAGCAGGCUAUGAGCCAAUAGAAAAGCUAAAGAGGGCGCGGUGUCGCAAUGUUAUUUAUUCCAUUCUAGAUCCUGUGCCUAGCAGGAGAAUAAAUGGAAGGCAGAUACUUAACAGCGAGUGGGGAAGGGAAAUCAAGUGCUGCCACGAAGGUCAUCCAGAAAAAUAA